AUGGAGAGGAAGAUGAGUGCUAUGGCUUGCGCCGUCUUCAAUGAGCUUCGCCUGGAGGGGAAACUCUGCGAUGUGACCAUCAGCGUGGACGGUGUUGAGUUCAACGCGCACAAGAACAUCCUCUGUAGCUGCAGCCACUACUUCAGGGCUUUGUUUGCCAGCAACUGGAGCAACGCCGAGAAGAGAGUCUACAAGAUCAAGGGCACUUCGCCUGAAAUGAUGCGGCUCAUUAUCGAGUACGCUUACACCAGGACAGUCCCGGUCACGGUGGACAACGUUCAGAGUUUGCUGGCCGCAGCCGACCAGUUCAAUGUCAUGGGCAUCGUCGGACUGUGCAGUGAGUUCUUAAAAUCCCAGCUCUGCUCCGAAAAUUGCAUCGGCAUCUGGAGAUUUGCCGAUUAUUGCUACUGCCCCGACCUGCGAGAAGCAGCCUGUGUCUUCAUCCUCCACCACUUUGAGGAGAUGAGCAGGCUGUCUACAGAGUUUCUAGAUGUCUCUGUCAACGAGCUCAUGCACAUCCUGGAGAAGGACGAGCUCAACGUGAAACGAGAAGAGGCCGUGUUCGAGGCCAUCCUGAAAUGGAUCGAUCAUGCCCCGCAGGACAGGAGGCAGCACAUCGCCGUCUUGCUGAGCCAGGUUCGACUGGCACUGAUGCAAGCAGACUACUUCAUAAACAACGUCAAAACACACCGUUAUGUGAAGGACAACGAGGAAUGCAAAGUUCUCGUCAUAAACACGCUGACAGAAAUGUACAACCUCAAUAUGUACGGCCCAUCCUCUUCUGACUUCACCCAGCGCCUCACGCGGCCUCGCCUGCCCUACGCCGUCCUGUUUGCUAUCGGAGGCUGGAGUGGGGGGAGCCCAACCAACGCCAUUGAGACCUAUGACUCCCGUGCAGACCAGUGGGUGAACGUCACGUGUGAGCAAGAAAGCCCCCUCGCCUACCACGGCACGGCUUAUUUUAACGGCUUUGUCUACGUUGUUGGAGGAUUUGACAGCACGGAUUAUUUCAGCAGCGUCAAGCGGUUUGACCCGCUGACAAAAACGUGGCAGCAGGUCGCACCCAUGCACUCGCGGCGCUGCUACGUGAGCGUCGCUGUUCUCAACAACCUCCUCUACGCCAUGGGAGGGUUUGACGGACACACGCGCCUCAGCACAGCAGAACGCUACGAGCCAGAGACGAACCAGUGGGCUCUGAUUGCCCCCAUGCACGAGCGGAGAAGCGAUGCGAGUGCGACCACGCUGCAUGAGAAGGUGUAUAUAUGUGGAGGGUUCAACGGAACCGAAUGCUUGAUCACAGCCGAAGCGUAUGAUCCCGCAACACAGCAAUGGACCCUGAUAGCCCCCAUGAGCAGCAGGAGAAGCGGAGUAGGAGUCAUUGCAUACGGAAACCAAGUGUAUGCGGUCGGAGGAUUUGACGGAGUCAACCGCCUCCGCAGCGCGGAAGCUUACAACCCCGCUGCCAACAUGUGGCGCACAGUCCCCAACAUGUUCAGUCCUCGCAGCAACUUUGGCAUUGAAGUGGUGGACGAUCUUCUGGUUGUGGUUGGCGGCUUUAACGGGUUUACUACUACUUUCCAUGUGGAGUGUUACGACGAAAACACUAAUGAGUGGUACGAUGUUCAGGACAUGGGCAUAAACCGUAGCGCUCUGAGCUGCUGUGUGGUGCCCGCUCUACCCAACGUCAGGGAGUACGUGGCCAGACGAGACUACUACGCGGACAACUCUUCGAGGGAAGUCGGCGUCAUUUCUUCAACAGGUAGCCUGCCUGUAUAA